AUGAUUGCCUUCCCAAAGCUCUAUACAGAGAUCAACCGUGCCCACGACCAUUUUGGCCCCAGUUCCAUUAAGCAGGACCAGGUCAAGAUAUACCGCGAGCGUAAGCCAUGGGCGCACGCGCAAAUCCACGUCCUCAUCCACACCGGCCAGCUCUACAUCAUCGACUACAUGCAAGGCGCCAGCAACGUCGCGCGCGGCUAUGCCGGCCUGUCCAGCCUGUAUCGCGCCUUGAUUGCUGUUGACGACCCAACCACCAUCCCCAACGUCGAGUUCAUCCUCGACAUUGAAGACACGCCGGUGCUGGACGCGCCGGCCGACCGCAUCGUGUGGGCCUGGAACCGCCCGAUGAAGAACCUCAACACCUGGGUAGCGCCGGACUUUGACGGUUGGGCUUUCCCCAACCCGGACCUAGGCUCCUACAUCUCCUUCCGCGACCGCCUGCGCCACAUCGAAGAGCCCUUCGCGCUGAAGAUCCCGAAGGCGGCGUGGCGCGGCAACAUCAACAACGGCGUGCGCGAAGCCCUCAUGGCCGUCGUCAACAACACGUCGUCCGACGGCUGGGCCGACGUGGCGACGAUGAAGGGGCACCGCCUGCACAUGGCCGAGUUCUGCAAGUACAUGUUCGCGAUACACACCGAGGGCAUCGCGUGGAGCGGGCGGUUGAGGUAUUUGCAGAAUUGCGAGAGUGUGGCUGUCGUGCAUCAGCCGUUGGAGUAUCAGGCGCAUUAUUAUGAUUUGCUUGUUGAGGAGGGGCCGGAGCAGAACUACAUCGCCGUCCGCAACGACUUCUCGGACCUGGAAGAAAAAAUCAAACACUACCUCGCGCGGCCCGCCCUGGCCGAGCGCGUCGCCAAGACCUCAGCGGCGACCUUCCGCGACCGGUACCUCACGCCCGCCGCUGAGGCGUGUUACUGGCGCCGCAUGGUGCGCAGCUGGGCCGACUGCCAGGCCUUCGAGCCCGAGCAGUACAAGGACGUGCACCAGCCGGACGGCAGCGUGUGGAAGAGGCAGCGCGGGGUUGAUUGGGAGGCGUUUUUGGUGAGGGAUCCCGGGUUUAAGUUGGAGUUUCCGGGGAAGGAGAAGGGGAAGGAGAAGAGUGGGAUGAGGGGAGGAGGGUGA